AUAUCACAUCAUAUCACAUCAUAAUGUAGCCUAUCAUAUAUUUCCUUAUCUGAGUCAGCUUCUUGAGCCGGACAGAGAAACCCUGGCUUGAGUUAACGAGUUGAUAACCAGCGUCGUAGGACAGUUUAGCGAGAGCGUGUUUGUUUUGGAUUAGGUAAGCCGGGUAACUCAAACAUAUCCAGGUUAUGUUGAACCGGAUUCGUAGUACAGGGGACAGGCUCCUGUCUUCAAUGAACAGACCGAAUGAAGACGGAAAAGAACAUGCAGUCCUAUUCACCUUUCUCUCCAAACUGGGACUGGAGAAAUUCUAUCACGAAAAAAUCACACUUCAGUCUCUAUUGGAGAUCAACAAAUACAGUAUAAAUGAAGAAGCUGCCUCAUCAGUGGAGGAAAUACCUUGGUGGUUUCUAAGAAAACUAUUUAAACUCAAUGCAGAAUGCAGGAGCUGUACACAGGUAUUUAAUGAUGGUAAUGAUGAUCGUGAUCCUUUCACUGCAGAUAAAUCUGCAGACAAUGAGGUUAACCCUCUCGACCUCAUAACAGCACUAUUCCUUUGUGCUGACAGCUUCUUGCAACAGGAAAUGGCCCUCAAGAUGUCAAUGUGCCAGUUUUCUGUCCCACUGCUGAUGCCCCAUGUCAAUAACAGUCAGAGUACCCUGAUGCUGUGGGCUCUGAGGGACAUUGUCAAAGAGUGGCGUCCACACAGUUUGUCUGAAUCAAAAGGCUUUGUUGAAGACAACAUUGUCCAAGCAAAGAUACCAUUCUUUUCCUUUGUGAGGCUCAAAAACUGUACUCUGUCCAAGUCCCAAAUGUUGAAUCAAGUUCUCAGCCUUGGCCAGCAGAAUCACAAUAUCUUCAUAGACAGAGAAAUGAAAGGAGGAGCAAUUAAAAGACAGAUAGCCAAUGGCUUGGCAGAGGUGAGCUGGUACCUUCCCAGAGGCAAAGAUUAUCCUGAUGUAUUUCCAGACCCAAUUGCCUUCGCCAAUCUGAGAGGAAACAUUUCUGAGUCACUUGCUCAGUUCACUUUUCUGUUUCAUGUGUCAACUGCUACCUUUGUCUUCCUGGACAAAAUUGAAAAAGAGGAGCAUGAGAUUCUGACUUCUCUUCAAGAUGUGAAAUCCAAACUGAUCUUGGUUGUUAACUGCAAGGAUGGAAGUGCUGAAGAGGACAUGGAGUCUGUCAGGAAAACAGUGAAAGAAUUAGAUUUGCCAAACAGCAAUGUGAAAGUUAAAGACCCAAGAGUAAAUGUUGUAGGGUUCUCAGAGACACUUUCUGCAGCCAUUAACAAGAUAACAGUUGGAAAACCCACAAUGAACAUUGAAAAUAUGGUUGACAAAGCUGUUGAACUUGGUCUGUCAGUGGAUGAAUGCACAAGUGAUGAACAAAAGGAAACCGCUGAGACGAUUGUCAAAGGAAUUAGGGUACAGAAGAUACCAGACUACAAGAGAAAACAGCUUCCUCUGCAAGGCGCUGACUGGAAAAGGUUAUCGCAGUUAGAGAAAGAGGAAUGUAGCUUAAAGAGGCCUGAUACUCUGGCACCUGAAGAAUAUAAAUCUCAGCUACAGGAAAAAAAACAACAAAUCAAGAAGAAGCUUGGCAAACAGAAACUAUCAGAUGAUAUGAAGACUUUCAUUAAACAGUUACCUAAAAAUGACAGCAAGAGCAGAGAUGUCUUCCUUAAGUGGAUGAAACUCAAACUGGAUGCUUAUUCACGGGAUAAGCUAUCUUCACUCCGCCGCAAAUGGACAGAACAAAGCAACAAAAAGAACAAAGAUGUGAAAGAGAUUGCAAAGCUGGAUCAGGAGCUGCUGGAAAGCACAUUAGGGUUAGAGCAAUACAUGAGAGAGAUGGGACUGAUCUAUGAGUUUUCAUUGCAGUCUCAAAACUCUGCUGAUGAAGUACGUCGUCUCCCUGGUUUGGCAGCUGAACUGCUGUUGGAUGGAUAUCCUUUAGAGCUCUUGGAUGGAGAUGCUUCCAACAUCCCAGAGAAAUGGGUGAGAGAUGUACUAAUGGAGCUACACAGGAAGGUUGGAGAGAAGAGCAGACUGUUGGUACUGACCGUGUUGGGUCUCCAAAGUUCCGGGAAGUCAACACUCCUCAACACCAUGUUCGGUGUGCAGUUUCCAGUCAGCAGUGGCAGAUGCACAAGAGGAGCUUAUAUGCUCUUCCUCAGAGUAAGUGAUGAUAUGCAACACCAGCUGAACUGUGACUUCAUAGUUCUCAUUGACACAGAGGGCCUCAAGUCUCCUCAUUUGGCCCAACUAGAAGACAGUUAUGAGCAUGACAACCAGCUGGCAACCUUUGUCAUUGGUUUGAGUGAUGUCACAAUUAUCAAUGUUUCAUCAGAGAACUACACAGAGAUGAAAGAUAUCCUGCAAAUUGCAAUCCAUGCAUUCCUGAGAAUGAAACAAAUUGGUAAAAAGCCAAUUUGUCAUUUUGUGCACCAGAAUGUUGCUGGAGUCUCCGCUGAUUCAAAUAACUUGAAGGCAAGACACAUUCUCUUGGACCAACUCAAUGAAAUGACUAAAAUUGCUGCAGAAAUGGAAAAGCAGCCCUCUAUAAAGAGCUUCACAGAUGUGCUGGACUAUGACAUAGCAAAAAACAACUGGAACAUCCCCGGACUCUGGCAUGGGACUCCACCGAUGGCACCAGUGAACACAGGCUACAGUGUAGCUGUAGCAGAUUUCAAGAAAAACCUCUUGGAGACAGUGAACAAAGACAAGACCGAUGAUGUUUCACAGAUUCCAGAGUUUCUAGAAUGGGUAAGAAGUCUCUGGAAAGCAGUCAAAUAUGAGAACUUCAUCUUCAGUUUCAGAAACACUCUUGUGGCUCGUGCUUAUGACAACCUUUGCAAGGAGUUCAGUCAAUGGGAAUGGAAAUUCAAAAAAGACUUGAUCUCCUGGCAGGAUGGGGCAAAGUUAGAGAUCUUAAAUUCUGACAACAAAACACAUGUGAACACUUUGACGACAAUGGUUGCCUCACAAACAUCACAGUUGAUCGACAAAAUAAAGGUUGGACGAAAAGAAAUGGACGAGAAACUUGUUGAAUACUACCAAAGAAAAAACAUAAAUGUGAAUCUGAUAAAGGACAACAAAAUUGACUUCAUCAACCGUAUCAAAAGUCUUAAAGACGAAUUCCAACGUUCAGUAAACAAUGCAUUGGAUUGUGCGCUUGAAGAAAAGAAAAGUUCAAAAGAGUCUGAGGACAUUCAGAGCAAACACAGAGAAAUGAUAGAAAAAGAAGUAAUGAAACUCUUGAGUGAUCGCGAACACCGCACACUUUCUGAUGAACAGUUGAAACGUGACUUUCAACAGAUGUGGACAAAAGUCACAGCAAAUGUGUCUGGACUGAAAGAACUAAACAUAUCUGAAAAAGUCCUUGAACAGUUGAGAAUUAACUUCGGUAAUCGUAACUUCAAUGAGGAAUUACAGAAGAUUGGAGACCUAAAGGACAUAGGAAAGAAGCCUUUUGAAGUCAAAACUGAACAUGUAAAAGUACCUUGGACAAGUAUUCCACUCUUGGAAAAGAGACAUUUAAAGAGAGAGUUGCAGAGUCUUGCAGACAAUGUCAUUGAGUCUUGCACACGGUCUGUACGUGGUAUUGCAAAAACCGACUCGGACUACCAUGACUCUUUUACAAAGGAUCUUUUGAAAAAAGUAGAUGAUUCUCUUAAAGGAAACACUUUCCAGCCCAAGUUUGAGAUUGACCUGAAACUUCACAUCUGUGGCAUUGCCUCAAGAGAGUUCCUUCAAAUGCACAGAAAUGUCUUGUCGGGAAGGGAUCCCAGAAUUCUGUUGGAAAAGCACAAGCAACAGUACUUGUUGGAUUUUACCGAUCUAUACAAAAAGAGAGAUGAUUGCCAACGCAAAGCAAAUGAUUUCGUCAGACUUUGUAUCAAACCUGCUGUUGAAGAGUACAUCCGUAAAAAUCUGGGAACCAACAUUGUGGAUAAAGUUAGGUCAGGCCGCCAUUCAGCAGAGUACAGUUGCCGCAAAAUUUUCCAGUACAACAUUAAGAAAGAGUUGCUGCAAAAGGAAGACUUUCAGAGUUUUGUCAAGUUCAUUUGUAAGUAUGAAAUUUACGUGAAGGACUUGAUAUUUCAGCACAUCUUGGAAAGAAUGUCAGAGGACAAAGCUUUAUGCAAACUGAAAAGUCUGAAUCUGAAGGUCAUAGUUGAUAAAUUAACAGAUGCAACUGAAAGGGCCUCAAAAGGAGAGGAUGGUGUCCUGCUGCCAGAUAACAAGGAAAGCAUCACAGAGCUCAUCAAAAACAUGCGCACAUUUUUGACCAAAGAUAUCUCGAUAUCAGUAGAGGCUGAAAAAACUGCCUUGUUUCAAAUCAAAAGCACGUGCCAUCCAUUUACAAAGAGCCUCGUCAAAUCAUUGAGUGAAAUGAAGGAACAGCUGCAGAAGGAGUUCUCAUCUGAAGACAUCACUGAGACUGUGAACAAACUUCCAACAAAACCACAGGAUGAGCUUUUCAGUCAGGUGUUUGGUUGUGGACAUCAAUGUCCAUUUUGUAAAGUUCCUUGUGAGGCUGCAGGCAUACCAUUUACAACAAAUACAUCUAAAGACAAACACACACAUCAGGCAGCUGUUCAUCGGCCACAAGGUCUCGGUAGAUACAGGAUUGUAGACACUGAGAAGCUGUCGGAAACACUGUGCACAACUGAUGUUCACAGUGAGUCUAAAUUCAGGUGCGCUGACACUAAUGGAGAAUGGCAUCCUUACAAGGACUACAGAAAAUUCUACCCAGACUGGCACAUUCCUCCAGACAACACCAUCAAGCCAUGUGAAUACUGGAAGUAUGUCCUGGUUAAAUACAAUGAGAGAUUUGCCCAGGAAUACAAGGCCAAGCCAGCUGAUGUUCCAGAAGCAUGGAGGAAAAUUACAAAGGAACAAGCACUGAAAGACUUGAAGGAAGCCUACAUCAUUAACGAAUAACCUGCAAUCCUGACAAAUAUCUCUUUAACAAGAGAGAGAAAACCAGAAGGAAACAGGAACUGAACACGCCAGGGCAAAAAGACAAAACAGAUCGACACUGUUGUGAUAAAGUUGACUGCACCGUGAUCUUUAGUGGCAUCCUGGGGUUUGACGAUCACUAUUAUUGACAACUGAUGAGUUUAAGAAGUUGCAGAGAAGUUAAAAAGCUAGAGAUAGUUAUCUGAGACUUUUUAUUUCUUUUUAAGAUUACAAAUGUUAUGUUUUCCCUUUAUUAAUCUUCUAUAAGACCUCAUGUACCAUGCACGAUAAUGAUGUUAACAAAAAAGAGGAACAAUUCUUUAAAUCUUUAUUGUUCAGUUUUUUUCUAUUUUCAAGAUGUUGUAUUCCUCUGGGUGUGAUGACUAGCGUAACAAAAUAUGAUUCUGAAAAUGAUGUGCGUCAUAGUCCACCUGAAGAAAGAGAUUAUGUUAUUUUGUUUUUGUCAUUUAUUUUCAGUAAACUGUUAAACGUUGUGCAUUAUAACUGGUGUGCACAACAAAGUUGAUGUCACUGAUAAAGAUGGUUUACUACAAAGACCGUGUUGGAAACAAAGAGAUGUUUUGUGAUGUAAAUGUCUGCAUGAGUCAUGUAUUGCUUCACAUUUGAGCUUUUAAGUAACGUAUUUUGCAGAUAAAAACCAGGAGGAAAAAUGUGUGAUUUCAUACCAGUCUGGGAAUAAUACAUUUUAUUGAACUUUUUAAUACUUACUUUUUUCUUGUUUUAUUAUUUGUAUUCAUUCCUUGUGUUCAUGCAAUGAUGUCUAAAGACCAUGUGAUGAGAUCAUGUUUGUUUUUGUUUUUACUUCUUAUUAUUACUUUCUCAACAGUUUUUCAUUUUUCAUUUUAUUAUUCACCAUGUAUUGUAAAUAUAAACGUUGAUGUGUACUUGGAGAGUACAUAAGCCAGCCUCAGUUGAAAUACUGUUAGUGCAUGUUGAUGACGUUUUGCUUAAUGUGCAAAUACUGUGGCAUCCUUCACAUCUUGUUGAUGAUGAACUUUUGAUUUUCAUUCUGUUAGACGGAUAAUGAUGUGAUGAACAAGUGAGAAAGAAGGACUGUUUGAAUGCUCAGAUAAAAAAUGUUAGAGUUUAGUUUUUUGAUGAUUGCAACUCUUUUCAUAAAGACUAGUGCAAAACAAGAAGUUGUUGUUGAUAAUGUUAAAAUACAAGAACAGAGAAACAGAUGUUGUCUCAUGUCUUCAAUAUUUUUACUGUUAUAGUUUUAUGCAAGACGUUUUUAUCUUUUCCUUUAUAUUUUUAAUAUUAAAUGUUAUUUCAUUCAUUUUUUAUAAUAUUUUUGAAAAUCUCACUCACGCCGUGUGCACAAAAUGAUGACGUAGGCAAAGACUAGUGAUGAGAUCAUGUUUUACUUACUUUUAUUUGUACUACUUAUUAUUACUUACUCAACUAUUUACAGGUUUUGUUUUAUUAUUCAACUUUGCUUAAUGCACAAAGGCCAUGAGAAACAGAUGUUAUCUAAUGGCAUCACUAUUCUUUCAUAUGUGUACUGUUAUAGUUUCAUGCAAGACAUUGAUAUAUUGUUAUAAUAACACUACUGUUAUGUGUGGGUAGUUUGUGAUGUAUUGCUAUAAUAAUAAUAAUUUUCUUAAAGAACAUCAGGCUGUGUGCACAAUAUGAUGUCGUGGGUCUGUGUCGUACAAAGACCGUGUGAUUAAAUCAUGUUUUACUUACUAUUAUUAUUCUUACUCAUUUUACUUUUUUUUUCACCAUUUCUUGCAGUGCAUCCUAAGUGCUUAAAGUACAAAGGCCAUGAGAAACAGAUGUUUUCUAACAUGUACUCAUUAUUCUUUAAUAUGCUCUACUGUUUUGUUUAUUUGAAGUAAAGGCAGUGAAUAAGAAAUGUUUAUGUAACUGACUUUUGUCUGUAGAUUAAAUAUCCUCUAAACAAGCCAACAGCAGAGAAUACUGUUGAUCAUGGUAUUGAUAUUUUCAGAUUUAUUAAAAGUUGAUCCAGCGACAAGAAAGUUGAAAAAUAUAUCAUAUAUAGUUUAACAUUUAUAUCCUUUUUUUGUUGUUACUUUUAUUCAAGUUGACAAACAUAAAGUUGUGUGCAUAAUGGAAACCAACAAAAUGAUGAUAUGUUGUCAGAUCCUAUGAAAAAAAAAAAUGUUGAAGCAAAUAUAACAAUAAAAUGAUUCUGAUCAAA